UAUUAUAUGCUAUAUUAAAUUGUCUUCACUAAAAACGCCGAAGUCCGAUAUCUAGGUAAUAUCUUUAUAACAUUGAUUUCACGUGGCCUUAAGUAGAAAGUGAAAGCGUAUCAUUUGAAAUCGCACAGAUACUUGUGAAAUCGCACGGUACUUGUGGCCGAUGAAACUCUUGGUUAAUCGAUCUCAAAAUAUAUUCAAAUCAAGCCAUAUUUUGUGUUAUAGAUUGGUCAAGAGCUUUCAUUUUAACAUGUCAGAAUUGGAAAGAAAGAGUAAUAUUAAAUUGAAUUCUUUAUUGGAAAUUGAGCUGAAAGUUCAAAAGCAAUGGAGUGAAAAUAAAGUGUUUGAAGUGGAUGCUCCUCAAUCUGUUUCAAGUUCUGGAGAUAAUGGAAGUGGUGGAAAAUAUAUGGUUUCAUUUCCAUAUCCUUAUAUGAAUGGCAAACUUCAUCUUGGUCACACAUUUACUAUUUCAAAAGCAGAGUUUGCUGUGGGAUUUCAAAGGCUCAAAGGUAAACGAUGUUUGUUUCCAUUUGGAUUUCAUUGUACUGGAAUGCCUAUAAAGGCAUGUGCAGACAAGUUAAAAAGAGAAAUAGAGGAUUAUGGGUGUCCACCUGUUUUUCCAAAUGAAACAGAGAAGAAAGACAUCAGCAAUAUGAAAAGUAAAGUUGCAGCAAAAACUGGGGGGUUAACAUAUCAAUGGCAAAUCAUGCAAGCACUUGAUAUUCCUGAUGACCUAAUUAAAAAAUUCUCUGACACUGAUUUUUGGUUGGAGUAUUUUCCACCUCUUGCUAUUAAAGACUUGAAGUCGAUGGGUUUAAAAGUUGAUUGGAGAAGAUCAUUUAUUACAACAGAUGCUAACCCUUACUAUGAUUCUUUUGCUAGAUGGCAUUUUAAUAAACUGAAAAGUUUAGGGAAAAUUAAAUUUGGGAAAAGGUAUACUAUUUAUUCAAUUUUUGAUAAUCAACCUUGCAUGGAUCAUGAUCGUUUAUCUGGAGAAGGUGUUGCACCUCAAGAAUACACCUUAAUUAAAAUGCAAGUUGUGGAGCCUCUACCUCAAAGUUUGAAUUGUUUAGAAGGUAAAAAAGUGUUUCUUGUUGCAGCAACCUUGAGACCUGAGACAAUGUAUGGACAAACAAACUGCUGGAUUCAUCCUGAAAUAGAAUAUAUCGCAUUUGCAUCAUCAAAAGAAAAUGAAGUAUACAUAAGCACAGAGCGAGCUGCAAAAAAUAUGGCAUAUCAAGGUUUAACCCAGAAAGAAAAUCAAGUAGACAUUCUAGUAAAGUUAGUUGGAAUGGAUAUAAUGGGAGUAGCUUUAAAUGCACCAUUAACAGCAAACAAGAUUAUUUAUACUUUGCCUAUGUUAACCAUAAAAUCAGACAAAGGAACUGGAGUUGUAACUUCUGUUCCAUCUGAUGCUCCUGAUGACUAUGCUGCUCUCAGAGAUCUUAAAAAGAAAGAACCUUUUCGUAAAAAGUACAAUAUAACAGAUGAAAUGGUUUUGCCAUAUGAACCAAUUCCAAUUAUUGAAGUCCCUGAUCUUGGUAAUCUUUCAGCUGUUGUUGCUUGCGAUAUGUUUAAAGUAAACAGCCAAAAUGAUACUAAGCAGCUAGCUGAUGCCAAAGAACUUACAUACAAAAAAGGUUUUUAUGAUGGAAUUAUGCUAGUAGAAGAGUAUAAAGGUCAGAAAGUACAAGAUGUCAAGAAACUUGUUCAAACUAAAAUGUUUGCAGAGGGUGCUGCUUUAAAGUAUUUAGAACCAGAAAAAAAGGUUGUUUCGAGAUCAGGUGAUGAAUGCAUUGUAGCUCUUUGUGACCAAUGGUAUUUAGACUAUGGUGAAGAAAAUUGGAAGAAUAAAACAAAAGAAUUAUUGAAAAGUUUAGAAACAUUUUCAGAUGAGACAAAACAUAAUUUUGCAGCUACGUUAGAAUGGUUACAUGAGCAUGCAUGCUCUCGUUCUUAUGGAUUAGGUAGCAAAAUCCCAUGGGAUGAAAAAUAUUUGAUAGAAUCUCUCUCUGAUUCAACAAUUUAUAUGGCUUACUAUACAGUAGCUCAUUUGCUCCAAGGUGGUAAUGUUAAUGGAUCAGUUGUAGGGUCAUCUAAUAUUAGACCUGACCAACUCACAGAAGAAGUUUGGGAUUUCAUAUUUUUUAAAGACAGACCUAUGCCAUCCAAUACACAAAUUGAUCCUGACUCUCUUAGUAAACUAAAGCAUGAGUUCGAAUAUUGGUAUCCCCUAGACUUACGUGUCUCUGGAAAAGAUUUAAUUCCAAAUCAUUUAACUUAUUUCUUAUACAAUCAUGUUGCUGUCUGGGCUGAUCAACAAGAAAAAUGGCCGAAGAGUGUUCGUGCUAAUGGUCAUCUUCUUUUAAAUUCAGAAAAAAUGUCAAAAUCUACUGGUAACUUCUUGACAUUGGAGCAUGCAAUAAAAAAAUUUUCUGCUGAUGGAAUGCGGCUUGCACUUGCUGAUGCUGGAGAUUCUAUUGAAGAUGCAAAUUUUGUUGAAAAAACAGCUGAUGCUGCUAUACUUAGAUUGUUUACGUUUGUAGAGUGGACAAAAGAAAUGAUAGAAAAUCAAGAGAAUUUAAGAUCUGGUCCAUUUAAUAACUUUAAUGAUAAAGUUUUUCAGAAUGAGAUUUAUAUGGCAAUCAAUAAAGCUGAAAAAGCAUACGAAAAGUUAUUAUUCAGAGAAGCUUUGAAAGUGGGUUUUUUUGAACUGCAAGUAUCACGUGAUAAAUACAGAGAAGUUUCGUUAGAUAAAAUGCAUAAAGAACUCAUUUUCAAAUAUAUUGAGGUUCAAAUUUUGCUGUUAUCACCAAUUUGUCCUCACAUUUGUGAACACAUUUGGCAACUUCUUGGAAAGCCUGGAAGCAUUUUAAAUGCAACCUGGCCUCAAUCUGGGGAAGUUGACAAUAGCUUGUUAACAUCUUCUCAGUAUUUAAUGGACUGCAGUCGUGAGUUUCGUUUAAGACUGAAAAACAUGCUUACUACUCGAAAGAAAGGAAGUCCUGAAGUGGUGAAACCCAACUGUGCUUCUGUCUAUAUUGCAAAAGAAUAUCCGCCUUGGCAAAAAACUGUUUUACUUGUUCUUCGUAGAUUAUAUGAGACCAAUAACAACUCUUUCCCUGAUAAUAAAGAAGUUAUGGCUAUAUGUAAAGAUGAAGAAAUGGUCAAAAAACAUAUGAAGAAAUUGAUGCCUUUUGUAGCUUAUGUUAAGGAUCGUGUGCAGAGCGAAGGUGCCUCUGCAAUGGAUCUCACGGUUCCUUUUGACGAAACGGCUGUGCUAACUGAAAACCUGGCUUAUUUAUUAAAAUCAGUUGAGUUAGAAAAAAUUGAAAUCAAACCCUCUUCUGAUGCAGAAGCUAAAAUUCAAGAGGAAUGCCUGCCUGGAAGACCUUAUUCUGUAUUUAAAACUAAUUAACUUAUAAUUGCAUUAAACAACUCUCUACUUA